CAGUCGCUUACGAUCUUGCAACGAGCUCACAUAAUGCAAGAAAAAUGUUUAAAAUGGGCCGAAUAACUAUUUUGGUGCUAUUUUUGGUGCUGUGUAUACAUUUGUACGAGGCAAAAGACUUAGUGAUCGGUACUAGAGUCAACAAUUUAUUAAUAUCGACAGAGAAAGUGGAGUACAACGCUAUAUGGCUCAUCAAGAGAGAAAAAGAUUAUACGUACAGAGAUCCCAAGCAUAGGCUUAUCAAGGCGAUCAUCGCUCGUGACCUGUCUCGGACGGACGCGGAGGCGGUAGUGACAGCGGGCGGCGUGGGCGCCGACCACGUCACCAUACACCUGACCAGCGAGCGCGGGAAGCCCAUCAACUACCUCAUACUCAUCUUCUCCAAUAACACAUAGGAUAUUAAAGUUAAGAGACAUGU